AUGGCAGAUUUGCAAUUCUACGCAAUCCUCUUCACUCUCCUCUCCACACUCUGCGCGUGGUAUUUCACGCGCCGCCCCAAGAAAAACCCGAUGCCGUCGCCGCCGUCGCUCCCUGUGGUCGGAAACCUCCACCAGCUCGGAAAACUGCCGCACCGAUCGAUGCGGGAGCUCGCAAAGAAACACGGUUCGCUGAUGCUCCUCCACUUGGGAUCAAUUCCGACGAUCGUCGUGUCGUCGCCGGCGGCGGCGCGUGAGAUCUUCAAAACGAACGACGUCGUUUUCCUCGACAAGCCGGCAUUCAGCGCGCCACGUAAGCUCUUCUACGACCUCAAGGACCCCAUACAUAUGAAGUACGGCGAGUUAUGGCGCAAGCUCCGCGGGAUCUUCGUCCAGGAGCUGCUGAGUAGCUCGCGGGUCCGGGCCUUCGGGACCAUCCGCGAGGAGGAGGUGAUGUUACUAAUGGAUCGACUACGAGAGUCAUGCCGGUCGGGUUCUCCGAUUAAUCUCAGCCAUACGUUCGUUGUCUGGGCUUACGAUCUGAUUAGCCGAGCGGCAUUUGGGAAGAAGUACAGCGAGACUACGGAGGGCAAGAAAUUCGUGGAGAAGAUCGACGAAGUUAUGGGGAUAUUGUUCAAUUUCACGAUCGGCGAAUUUGUGCCGUGGCUCGCUUGGAUCAAUAAUCUCAAUGGAUUCAACGCAGCGUUGGAUCGAUAUGCGAAGGAGAAAGACGAGAUUUUGGAUGCCGUCAUCGAGUAUCAUUUGAACGGAGAUGAUCGCCCGAGUAGGGGUGAGAAUUUUGUCGAUAUUUUGUUGGAUAUAUACAAGGGAAAAAAUCCGGGUCUCUCGAUCGAUCUCAUAUCGGUGAAAGGCGUAAUUAUAGAUAUUUUUGGAGCGGGAAGCGAUACAUCGUCAAUUACCCUAACAUGGGCAAUGACAGAGCUCAUACGACACCCGUCCGUUAUGAAGAAGUUACAAGAUGAAGUAAGGGACGUCAUGAAAGGGGAACAACACAUAUCCGACGAAAAGUUGCAAAAAAUGCCGUAUCUAAAAGCCGUGAUCAAAGAAACGCUUCGACUUCACCCUCCAAUCCCAAUAUACUUCCGAUGUUCGAGACAACAUGUAAAUCUAAUGGGAUACGAAGUCGAACCCAAUGCACCGGUCCUUAUAAACGCGUGGGCUUUGGGUCGGGACCCUUCUUGUUGGAAUGAUCCCGAGGAAUUCAUCCCCGAGAGGUUCAGCAAUUCUUCGGUAGAUUUCAAGGGUUUUGACUUUUGCUUACUCCCGUUUGGGGCGGGCCGGAGAAUGUGUCCCGGAUUAGCAUUUGCGGUUAUUUCUAUUGAGCAUACAUUGGCGAAUUUUAUGCAAAAGUUCGAUUGGGCAUUGCCGGAUGGAGCGAGAGGAGAAGAAGUGAGUGUGGAAGAAAAACCAGGUAUGACCGUUGGAAAAAAGGAUCCUCUUGUUGUUGUUGCUACGAAGUGUUACUUUUAG